AUGACGGUCACCUUUUUUGAUGUUCCGGCAAGUGCCGAGCAACCAAUAACCCGUACCGGCCCGGACGACCGAUCUCUGAUCGUUGCUGGUCUCUCGGAAUUCUUAUGGUCAACAUCCUCUGAGGACUGUCUUGCCUAUCUCUUACGAGGUUCAGAGUGUAAUCGAGUCCAUUCUCACCAUCAACCCCCAUGUCGCGCAUCUCUCUUCCACAACUUCGACGACGCGUUGGCGCUACAGACACUUGGUACAUGUCUGAAGAAGACCAAGUUGUUCACGCGGCGCCCUCAGUUCAAUGGGCCGCUUAACACUAUGCCUCUUGAGAUUCCCUCGUCCGGCUCUAUACCUAGCAUAAAUGUGGCGUCUUCCGGAAACAGCACAGGUAGCCAGAGCAGCUCCAACUCGGAAAGCUCUGGAGAAGAAGGCUUUUUGUAUCCAAGCCCCGCGCUAGGUCUAGGACCCUCGGAGAUGCAUGAACCACAACCCAUUCUCGCGCGCAUUGCACGAUUCUUGAGCAGUGACUCCUCUUCAAGCAACUCAGAUGAAGAAAAUGGGGGCCUUAUUACCCCAUACUCGAUACCUGUGGAUCCGGACGUCGAGGUGCCAGAGCUGGGCGAGGAAGAAGGUAUUGGUGCAGGCUUGCGAGUUCCCUUGUCCAGCCCUACGAAGGGCGUCAAUGCAACACGCAGUUUCUGUUCGGCAUCGUGGGCGUCUUAUGGUGGAAGGAAAAUGCUUCAGCCUGAGCGUCCGCGGCCAAGGGUGACAUCAGGAUCAAAUACGAGGAUGGACAGCGAGUAG